AUGUGCGUCGAACCUCUGGAGAGCAGCUACAGCCUCCACUCGGGCCGACCGCACGAGCCGCCGCCGCCGCCGCGCAAAACGGCGUCGCCCCGCAGUCGCCUCUUCCUACUGCUCGCCCCGCUCUCGGCGCUCGCGGUGCUGCUCGCGACCGUCUUCUACUCCAUCAACGUGGGCCACUCCAUCUACUCCGUGUACCUCCUCCAGGUCUGUCUCGCAGUGGGUAUGCUCGAGAUCAGCUGGUGGCACUACCGCAUUCGCCACCGGUUCCUCGCGUCACUAGAUGCGUCCGUAGCGGACAUUGGACCGGGCGCGGGCGACUCGGAGCUGUCGCAGUCGGACCGCGAGCACUACGAUCGCGAGCUCGAAGACGUGAUGGAGCCCAAGGCGUUUGCGGUCGCCCGCUUGACCGACAGGUGGCUGAAGGACGUGUGGGGAGCUGCCGUAGUCGCGGCGGUACUGUCAGCAUCGGCUGUGGCUGCAGCGAGUGUCGCGAUCGCUGUGCUCACGGAGAGCUCUGUGACCGUGUGCGCGGGCGUGGGCUCGUUCGCUGGUGUCUUGUGCGCCUGCUUUGCGCCCACGCCCGGUGACGGCUUUGCCAUCUUUGUCCAUGUGGCUGCGCUGACUGUGACGGCCAUGAACACAAUGUACGUCUACUACACGGAGUCGCUGACGAAGAUAGCGAUUGUCGACUACCUAUUCGUGGCUCAGUCUGGCUGGAUGAUCAUUGCCAUUUCGCGCAUCAUUGCGUCCAAGAAACUGCUGGAAUGCUUUCUGAUGGUGGCGUUGGAUACCGUCGCGCUGCUCCAUUUGACGGUCAUUAUGAUGGAAAUGGUGGACUUUGUUGAACACCCGGGCGCCAAUAAUGUACCGCAGGAGCUUGACGCGUUCUUCAUUACGAUCGUGUCGGCUGAGUUCGGCCACUUCCUGUUUGGUCUGGCGGCCAGUCGGCUACUGCCUCGUUGUUUUUGGCGCUGGAGGUAUACGUCCCCGAAAGUGUGGGGGUCAGAUUACGUCGUGUCUGUGCUGUUUGGCAUCGCCGGCAUGAAGGUCUGGGUGCAAGUUGCGUCGUUGAGCAUGAGCACGUGGAACACCAUAGCGCUAGUUGGUGCGCUGCUCUUGUCCCAGUCAGGGCGCUCGUUUAUAUCGUUGACCCAAGAGACUGCCAUGGUGCCUUCACGGACUCGUACAACGUUCAAUGUCUGGAACAAUGGCAUUGUGGAGUUGAUCAAUCCGUUUCUCGUCGGGUGGAUUGUGUUCCAUCCGUACGCAAAGAAGAUCUUGGGGAAGGAAGCCGACUACUAG